AGGACCCCACCCUGCACCCCCUCAGUGGAGAGGACAGGCCUGGGAGGCUGUUUAAGAAGAGGUGUUUGCUCUGGGUCUGGAGAAGACCUGCAGAGCAAACUGAGGAGCCUGCCUUCUAGGUGUGGGAGAGAACAUAGUGAGGUCUGUUGGGCUUUGUCACGCCAGGUGCACCAGCAUCUUCAGAUCUCCACAGAGACACCCAGGCUCCUCUUGAUGGGAAAGGGGCAAGGUCAUUUCCAAGAUGCCGUGACCUCCUGCCCCCCGAGGUCUGCAGUCUCCUGAACCCAGCGGCCAUCUACGCCAACAACGAGAUCAGCCUGCGUGAUGUUGAAGUUUACGGCUUCGACUACGACUACACGCUGGCCCAGUAUGCAGACGCGCUGCACCCUGAGAUCUUCAGUGCUGCCCGUGACAUCCUGAUUGAGCACUACAAGUACCCAGAGGGGAUCCGGAAGUAUGACUAUGACCCCAGCUUUGCCAUCCGAGGCCUCCACUACGACAUUCAGAAGAGCCUUCUGAUGAAGAUUGACGCCUUCCAUUAUGUGCAGCUGGGGACAGCCUACAGGGGCCUCCAACCUGUGCCUGAUGAGGAGGUGAUCGAUUUAUAUGGGGGCACCCAGCACAUCCCACUGUACCAGAUGAGCGGCUUCUACGGCAAGGGUCCCUCCAUCAAGCAGUUCAUGGACAUCUUCUCGCUGCCGGAGAUGGCCCUGCUGUCCUGUGUGGUAGACCACUUCCUGGGGCACAGCCUGGAGUUUGACCAGGCGCACCUCUACAAGGACGUGACGGAUGCCAUUCGAGACGUGCACGUGAAGGGCCUCAUGUACCAGUGGAUCGAGCGGGAUAUGGAGAAGUACAUCCUGAGAGGGGACGAGACAUUCGCUGUCCUGAGCCGCCUGGUGGCGCAUGGGAAGCAGCUGUUCCUCAUCACCAACAGCCCUUUCAGCUUCGUGGACAAGGGGAUGCGGCACAUGGUGGGUCCCGACUGGCGUCACCUCUUCGACGUGGUCAUCGUCCAGGCAGACAAACCCAGCUUCUUCACUGACCGGCGCAAGCCUUUCAGAAAACUCGACGAAAAGGGCUCCCUGCACUGGGACCGCAUCACCCGCCUGGAGAAGGGCAAAAUCUAUCGGCAGGGAAACCUGUAUGACUUCCUGCGCCUGACAGAAUGGCGUGGACCCCGCGUGCUCUACUUCGGGGACCACCUGUACAGUGACCUGGCGGACCUCAUGCUGCGGCACGGCUGGCGAACGGGGGCCAUCAUCCCCGAGCUAGAGCGCGAGAUCCGCAUCAUCAACACGGAGCAGUACAUGCACUCGCUGACGUGGCAGCAGGCGCUCACGGGGCUGCUGGAGCGCAUGCAGACGUACCAGGACGCCGAAUCGCAGCAGGUGUUGGCGGCCUGGAUGAAGGAGCGGCAGGAGCUGAGGUGCGUCACCAAGGCCCUGUUCAACGCCCAGUUUGGAAGCAUCUUCCGCACCUUCCACAACCCCACCUACUUCUCCCGGCGCCUCGUGCGCUUCUCUGACCUCUACAUGGCCUCCCUCAGCUGUCUGCUCAACUACCGUGUCGACUUCACCUUCUACCCGCGCCGCACGCCCCUGCAGCAUGAGGCGCCGCUCUGGAUGGAUCAGCUCUGCACCGGCUGCAUGAAGACGCCCUUUCUUGGCGACAUGGCCCACAUCCGCUGAGGGCACCUUUAUUGUCCAGAGCAGGUUCUAACCCCUCCUGCCCCGCCCACGCUGGGUGUCGGUCCAGGACGGGCAAUAAAAGUGGUCUCCCUCUCCCUGUG